CGUAACCUCAGGAGCUUGUUACGUCUAGCCCAGAUAUCACGAAGACACCAUGCCAGCUGCAGUUUUGAUCCGCACCAUUCAUGGUCUGUUGCAUGUUGCAUUGUUGCCACAAGGGAGAGCGCAUCAGGGCAGAGGUCACGGCUGGCACCGGCUGGGACGCAAGAGCCUCAGUGGCUCUCCGUGUGUCUCGUUCCAGGCGGACGAGUCGGCGCCGUUGGCGUGCAGCAGCCCACUGGACACCGCAUUCGCGGGGCCCCGCGCAAAUUCACUAUACCCCGGCUGCUCCUACCUGGUCAUUACAACCGGCUACCACCCCGCCGCCUGCCCCAGUGCGCCGCCAUCACCACCAGCACCACCGCCCGCAGUGGCUGGUAUCAGCAGCGGCAGCGGCGGCGCCUCCCCCGGCAAUAAGGCGCGCGGCAGCACUCCUCCCAAUGCCGGCAAUGGUGUGCUCGCAGCAGCGGGUCUUGCCCCCAACGCGGCGGCGGCACCGCAAGGAGACUGUGACAGUAGCAGUAGCAGUAGCAGUAGCAGUAGCAGUAGCAGUAGCAGUAGCAGUAGCAGUAGCAGUAGCAGUACGGCCAUUCUGGCGGGCGCUGUGGCUGGUGGCGCCAUCUUCCUGCUGGCUGUAGCAGCUCACACUAGCAAGCAUUUCUCUCUCAGCUGUUCUGUACAGUAGGGCAUGUUCGUGUACAGCAAAAGGCGGAAAGGGCAGGGCGGGUGGACAAGGACGAAGAAGCAGGGGGAGCUGCCGCCUUGGGUAUGGGCAGCGGUGUUCACGGUGAGGAGCUUGC